AUGGCAACUGUCGACGCUAUUCUCGCUGCCAAGUACCCCGGCAAGGCUCACGCCCGCCGUGUUGCUCAAGCCCUCAAGGCCCAAGAUGCCGGCGCCAUCUACCUCGAGGCGCAAAAAACCCGUCUAAUUGAGGACAAUGACGAGGCCAUGCCCUUCAGACAACGUCGCCCAUUCUUCUACCUAACCGGAUGCCCCGAACCCGACGCUUCAAUGGUCUACGACAUCAAGGCUGAUGAACUAACCCUCUUCAUCCCCCCCAUUGACCCCGACUCCGUCAUCUGGUCCGGUCUCCCCCUCUCCCUCGAAGAAGCCGCCAACCUCUACGACGUAGACCAUGUCCAAUACACCACAGACGUGAACAGCACCCUGUCCAAGAUCGCCAGCGCCCACGCCGGCAAGACCGUCGCCUUCUCCAUCGGCGAGCAAGUCUCACAGGACAUCAGCUUCGCCGCCUUCGCCAGCUCGAACAGCACAGACCUAAAGAAAGUCAUCGACGACGCCCGCGUCGUAAAAGACGCAUACGAAGUCGCCCUCCUCCGCAAAGCAAACGACAUCUCAACCAAGGGCCACAUAGCCAUCGCAAAGGCCGCCCGCGCCGCCACAAACGAGCGUGAACUCGAGGCCGCCUGGUUGGCCGGCUGCAUAGCAAACGGAUGCCGCGAACAAUCCUACCACCCCAUUUUCGCGGGCGGAGCGAACGGCGCGACGCUGCAUUACGUUAAGAAUGACGAGUUUCUCGUUGAUCAGGUGACCAAGUUGCGCAAGGGGAAUUUGCUCAUCGAUGCUGGCGGCGAGUAUCGUACCUACUGCGCGGAUAUCACCCGUGUUGUCCCGCUGAACGGGACGUUUCCGGCCGAGACGCGCGCGAUCUAUGAGAUCGUUUUGCGGAUGCAGGAUGAGUGUAUUGCGAUGUUGAAGGAGGGGGUGCGGUGGGAUGAUGUGCAUGCGCAUGCGCACCGCGUUGCUAUUCGCGGUUUGCUGGAUUUGGGCAUUUUGCGCGGUGAGGAGGAGGAGUUAUUUGUGAAGCGUGUUAGCGUGGCUUUCUUCCCGCAUGGUUUGGGCCAUUAUCUUGGUAUGGAUACGCAUGAUACCGGUGGUUAUCCCAAUUAUGCGGAUGAGGAUAAGAUGUUUCGGUAUCUGCGUAUCUAUUUCUGCCGCUUCAUUAUCGAUCCUGUUCUGAAUGAUCCGGAGACGGGUAAGUACAUUGAUGCUGCUGUCUUGGAACGGUACUGGAAUGUCGGAGGUGUCCGUAUCGAAGACAAUAUUCACAUCACCAAGGAUGGUCAUGAUAACUUGACCUCGGCGCCCAAGGCCAUUGCAGAGAUUGAGGCUCUGGCCCAAUAA